AUGGUUUGUGUUAAAACCAAACCCAGUGGCACGCUACCUGACGAAUCCAAAACAUAUCGAACAAACCAAUCAUCACAAACUAAUCGAGCUCAACAAUGGCGCCAAGCGUAUCGAGGCAGUCAGUCCACUACGUGUGUCAGCCCUCGGGAAUUAGAGGAUUUGCCAGCCCUUUCCAAGCUGACAACUCCCCCAGUCAGUCCGGACGAACUACCCCGUUCACCUAGACAACUUCCGGCACAACCGUUUCGAAAAUCCGCCGUCAAUUUAUUUCGUGCGACGAACAGUCCCAGUGAGCAUUGUCUCAGUGAACACGGUUCAUCCGACAGCCUCCGACCACCACAAAUUGCUCACGUGCAUCGAGCAUCCAGCUUUGACGGCCGUUUGAGAACUACCGGACCUUCUGACACAACUGAUAGUCCAAUUCAUCAACGUCCAAGAAGGACCUGUUCGUCUCAUUCCAGUUCGAUUCAGCAAGCAAACCCAAUAUCUUUUCCGUUAAAUCAGUUACAAGCACAAACCAGAGAGAAAACUAUCCCAACUACUCUUGCACGAAGUGACCUUAUAGGACGUCGUGAACGUUUGGUCGUAGCGCCAUCAAUAGAAAUCAGUUUGGCUGGCGAUUGUUCGUCCAGCUCAAGUGAGGACCUACACAGCUCAAAUAACGAACCUUUGGACGAGGAUUCACGUCGCAAAUUGUCACAAGUCUCUGUGGGAAAACUCGUUGAGUCCCAUUCAGACAGCCAGAUGAGCGGAUCCCGGGCAUUGCCUCGAUCUAAUACACAGUAUCCCUCCCAAGGUCGGGGUACACCGGAAUUAUCCCAAACCCCGAGAAAUUUAAACAGACCCAAAUUAACUAGACAGCCAAGAUCCUUCCAGGCAGAACCGUUCAACAAUCGGUUUCAAAGUUCCGACAAUCGUGGACCAAAUCAAUUGAUGGAUGAGUUUGAUUACUUUUGUCAGAUUGCGAACUCGCCUUCCGGGUCCCGUGAGCCAAUGGGCAGCAGUAAAUCAUCAAACCAGUCGGGAUCAUUGAGUCCAGCACGCCACCAUUUGGCUACAAUGCGCAGUCACUCGAUGCGUAACACCAGUCCAGAAACUCCACCACCAGACAACAAAAAUUCGGAGUUUGGGGCUUUCAAGUCCACUCGAAAUUCUGGGGAACCAGCGAAACCGGGUUACCUUCGGCCGCCGGCUCGUGGUCAACUUCGUCGUGCAAGCACCGAGGAGGAACGAUUCAAACAACCUCCACGUGAUCGAACUCCGGUAUCGGCCACACUUAGCUAUUCUCCAGUCAACGCUAGUGUGCAAAAUGUUUGCAGAAGUCCGCCAAAAACUGUUCCCCAACUACCAGUGUUUCCAGCUCCCUCAUCACCCAGUCCAGGUGUUCCAAUUGGUAUGCCAAUCACUGAAGACUCUCUGUUUGCCGACGAGCCUGGUAUGACAUUUUAUCAGGUACAGGUUCUUGGGUCUGUCGGUGUGGGUAAAACGUCCUUGUGUCAACAACUGUCCCGACUGAAAACAGGAAAAUCGGAGAUAUAUGAUUUGGACGAUGAGGAGAACCGACCGGCGUCACACUCGGUGACAGCAGCUCUACGCGGAUCAGUGUAUACGGUGAAUUUCAUUGACACAUCGGCUGAGAGUUUCGAAGAAAAUCUGGAAAUACAGGUGCAUGACUGUGUGGAUGCAUUCAUAGUCAUGUAUGCGAUCGAUGAUAGCAGCAGCUACGAAGCAGCUCGCCUGAUCCUGAACGCCCUUUCUCCAGCUCUGGACUCGGGCUAUUCACCCCGGUUAUCUCCAAAAUUUUUGAACAAUCAACUGGUAGCCCCUGCACUCAUUUAUCUGGUUGCAAAUAAAACGGACCUGGUCAGAGGACGCCAGAUCUCAACUGAAGAUGGUCGUCACUUAGCCAGCGUUCACGACGCCAAAUUUAUCGAGGUCUCCGCUUCUCUCAACCACCUCGUGGCAGAUCUCUUUUUCCUGCUGGUGGCACAUUUACGCGAGUCAGAACAACGCGGUCGUGAUCCCCGUCUACCGACCGAACGACGCAUCGGUUAUCAUCAGCCUAGCGUGUCCGGUAACAUUCUACCCGGGUCAUCCGCAAAAUCCGGUGGCCAAGGCUCAAACACCUUCCGAAUACCCAGCUCAACGAAAUCCAGUCUGACGCGCUUUUUUAAAAAACAUUUCACGAAAACCAGCGAAGACAGUGAUUAG